AUGAGGAGUAAGAUUUCCAAAAGGUUGAUGGUGAUACCGGAUUCGGUCCCCCCUGAGACUGACUGGUCCAAAUCGCUGACCUGGCUCAACGGUCUACUCAAGACGGAAUUCCAAGCGAUGCGGGACAUCAGCUCAGGAGCGUGUCACUGCCAAAUGAUGGACUGCAUCGUGCCGGGAUCCGUAGACAUGAGUCUGGUCAAGUUCGAUGCGCGAGAUGAGCAGGACUGCAAGCAUAACUUUGGUCUCCUCCAACAGGCUUUCACGAAGAACCGUAUCACCAAGAACAUUCAGUUGGAACAACUGAUAAAAGGCGAUUUUCAAGUCAACUUCGAUUUCCUGCUUUGGUUCAAAACCUUCUGCUCGGCCAAUGUGAUUAAUGAAGAUUAUGACGCGGUGAAAGCUCGGAACCAACGCGACAUCCGUCCGUACCCGCCGCCUGAGCUCUCCCCAAAAAGUGGCAGUAAAGUGGACCCUUCCGCUGCAGGCCAUAGAGACAAGAAAGCCAACGGCAAGGCUCCGACAAUGGCAGAUGAAGAAUCUCUAAAUGGGAGCGAUGGUUUGAUGGAGAGUGACAGUGAGCGGAUGUCGGAGGGCGGCGAUGACAAAGUAACAUCGCAAGGCUUAAAAUUACAUGACAGCUCAAUUGGUGAAGACGACAACGACGACUCUGAAGAAAGGGAGGAAAAGACUGUCCCCUCCAAUAAAACACCUAGGGGACGAAAAAAAGCAAAUUACCAGGAUGGCAACGGCUUUUUGAGCGGAGAGCUGGUUUGGGGCGGCGUGAAGGGCUUUCCGUGGUGGCCCGGCUUGGUGAUCCCUUGGAAAACCAAAUAUUCCCCUCAAGGCAUUCGAAGGGUCGAAUGGUUCGGCGAUGGGACCUUCUCCAAGAUCAGCACAGACGUUUUGGUGCCUUUCCGAAACUUCACCCAGAAUUUCUGCAAAAGUUCAUUUGACCGCCUGCCAAACUACAAGAAGGCAGUCUACCAGAUUAUAGAGCUUGCGAGCGAACGUUGCGAGAAGUCCUUCGAAGAGGCCAAAGGAGAUAAAGAGAAAGAAAUCAAUCUGAUGCUGGACUGGGCUUUUAAAGGAUUUCUGCCCAGUGGACCGGACGGAUUCUCGUCACAGAGUAAGAGCUCGCCGAAUUCAACGCUUUUGCACUGCGAUUUUGACCUGCGCUUUUUUCCUCCAACCACCGCAGACGCCGCUGGGGCGGAUUCAGACUCUGCUCAUUCUGACUACCAGCCGCCCGUGAAGAAGAAGUUGGCUCCCAAGAAUAGGGCGAGCACCUCUAACUACAUUUUCACGAGAGCUUCUAACAGAAAAAGGCUCGCCGUUUCAGAUUGUUGUUUGGCUUGCGGCUCCUCCGAGGUAGACGUAGAGCACCCCUUGUUUGAAGGCGGCCUUUGUCUUAAAUGCAAGGAAAACUUCUCGGAAACGCUAUAUCGCUACGACGAAGAUGGCUACCAGUCCUACUGCACCGUGUGCUGCGGCGGCACGCAAGUCAUUCUGUGCAGCAACGCAAGCUGCUGCAGAUGUUACUGCAAGGAGUGCGUGGAGAUCCUGGUGGGAAAGGGAACCUUUGCCGAGCUGAAAGACAUCGACCCAUGGAGCUGCUACAUCUGCCAGCCGGAACAGUGCAAGGAAAGACUCCAAAUCAGGCCGGACUGGAGCGUCAAGAUCCAAAACUUCUUUGCUAACAACAGUGGCAUGCAGUUUGAGCCUCACCGUGUUUACCCGUGCGUCCCGGCAGACAGACGCAAGCCCCUGAAGGUUCUGUCGCUCUUUGACGGCAUCGCAACAGGCUACCUGGUGCUGAAAGACCUGGGUUUCAAGGUGGAGCGCUACAUCGCCUCAGAGAUCUGCGAGGAUUCCAUUGCGGUGGGCAUGAUCAAGCACGCCGGAAAGAUUGAAUACGUCAACGAUGUGCGCACUAUCACCAGGAAACACCUGGCCGAGUGGGGGCCCUUCGACCUGCUGAUCGGAGGAAGCCCGUGCAACGACCUCUCCAUCGUCAAUCCCGUCAGGAAAGGAUUGUUCGAGGGCACCGGGAGGCUCUUCUUCGAGUUCUACCGCAUUUUGACCAUGCUGAAGCCCAAGGAAGGUGACGAUCGGCCUUUCUUCUGGCUCUUUGAGAACGUGGUCUUCAUGUCCGUCCGAGACAAGGCUGACAUCUGUCGCUUCCUGGAGUGCAAUCCGGUCAUCAUGGACGCUGUGCACGUCAGCCCCGCCCACAGAGCGCGUUACUUCUGGGGGAACGUGCCAGGCAUGAGCAGACCUCUGACGACCUCUCAGGAUCAAAAGAUUUCUCUUCAGGAUUGUUUGGAAGUGGGCCGCACGGCAAAGCUGGACAAGGUGCGAACCAUCACCACAAAGUCCAGCUCUCUCGUGCAGACCAAGGUGGGACUUCCCGUCACCAUGAACGGCAAGGAAGACAACCUGUGGUGUACCGAAGUGGAACAGAUCUUCGGCUUCCCAAAGCAUUACACGGACGUCAACAACAUGGGCCGCAAUCAGCGCCAGAAGGUAUUGGGUCGCUCCUGGAGCGUGCCCGUCAUCCGCCACCUGGUGGCGCCGCUCAAGGAUUAUUUCCAAUGCGAACAGCCGCAAUGA